AGCUCGAAGGAAAGUAGUGGGACUCCGGAGGAGAGAGGGAAAGAGAGAGAAAGAACUUCGUGCUUUACAUUACACACAGACACGGGAGAAAGGACGACUGCGUGGACAGUUGUCAUAUACAUUUUGUGCCUUUUUAAUUUGUAAAUCAACGUUUACACGUGCGUUUACGGUUGUAGUGGAUGUAAAGGGAUUAGAAUAGAAUCGGGGGAAUGUAUCCUGCUCGGGCAACAGUGACCGACCGUCUUCCGAGAUGUCAACUCAACAUUCUCCGGGCCAUCAUGCUACUCCAGGCCGUUCUAGAGAUGACUGCGACCAGGUUUGAAGACCCUAGUGUGAUGGACGCUUCCACUUGGAACAGCUCAGACCUGUUUCUUCGUCUGGAGGCUCCGAUGAACAACAUCACCACGUCUCUGGGCCAGACGGCGGAGCUGCUGUGCCGUGUGUCCGGUAACCCCCUUCCCACGGUGCGCUGGCUGAAGAAUGACGCUCCCGUGGUCCAAGAGCCUCGCCGGAUCUCCUACCGGCCCACGACCUACGGAUCGCGCCUCCGCAUCCGUAACUUGGACACCACAGACACAGGCUACUUCCAGUGUGUGGCCACCAACAGCUACGGCACCGUCUCCACCACCGGUGUACUCUUCGUCAAGUUUGAUCCACUCCUAACCCCUCUGCCAGGAAGACCCUCUGCGGAUGAUUUUGAUGAAGAGGGGUUUUGCCAGCCGUACAGGGGCGUAGCUUGUUCUCGCUUCAUAGGGAACCGCAGCAUCUUCGUCGACUCCCUGCAGAUGCAGGGCGAGAUCGAGACCCAGAUCACAGCCGCCUUCACUAUGAUCGGAACGUCCAGCCACCUGUCGGACCGCUGCUCCCAGUUCGCCAUCCCGUCUCUGUGCCACUUUGCCUUCCCGACAUGUGACCGCAGCUCUGGGACAGACAAGCCCAGGGACCUGUGUAAGGAUGAAUGCGAGAUCCUGGAGAAUGACCUGUGUAAGACCGAGUACAUCAUCGCCCGUUCCAACCCCAUCAUCCUGAAGAGACUGAAGCUGCCGAACUGUGAGGACCUGGCAGCACACGACAGCCCAGAGGCUGCGAUCUGUAUGAGGAUAGGAAUCCCCAUGGCCGAGCCCAUCAACAAGAACCACAAGUGUUUCAACAGCAGUGGUUCAGCCUACCGUGGGACGGUCAGUAAGACCAAGUCGGGUCGUCAGUGUCAGCCCUGGAACUCUCAGUACCCUCACAGCCACACCUACCUGGCGUUGCGCUACCCAGAGCUCAGCGGAGGCCACUCUUACUGCCGUAACCCCGGCAACACGCAGGAGGGACCAUGGUGUUUCACCCUGGACGAGGGAGUCCGUAUGGAGCUGUGCGACAUCCCCGCCUGCGAUUAUAAGGAGAACCGUGGGGGCAGUAACAUGGAGAUUCUUUACAUCCUGGUCCCGAGCGUAGCCAUCCCUCUGGCCAUUGCCCUCUUCUUCUUCAUCUGUGUGUGUCGUAACAACCAGAAGGCUGCCCGACCCCCGGCGCCCAGACAGCCCAAACCUGUCAGAGGACAGAAUGUAGAGAUGUCCAUGCUCACCAACUACAAACCCAAGAGUAAGGCCAAGGAGCUCCCCCUCUCUGCAGUGCGGUUCAUGGAGGAGCUAGGUGAAUGUGCAUUUGGUAAGAUCUACAAGGGUCACCUGUACCUGCCUGGUAUGGAGCAAGCCCAGCUGGUUGCCAUCAAGACCCUGAAGGACUACUCCAGCCCUGGCCAGUGGGGUGAAUUCCAACAGGAAGCGUCGGUCAUGGCUGAGCUUCACCAUCCCAACGUGGUGUGUCUGCUGGGUGUAGUGACCCAGGAACAGCCUGUCUGCAUGCUGUUUGAGUUCCUGAACCAAGGGGACCUCCAUGAGUUCCUCAUCAUGCGCUCUCCUCACUCUGACGUGGGCUGUAGUAGCGACGAGGACGGGACCGUCAAGUCCAGCCUGGACCACGGGGACUUCCUGCACCUGGCCUUACAGGUGGCUGCUGGGAUGGAGUACCUGGCCAGUCACUUCUUCGUCCAUAAGGACCUAGCAGCCCGUAACAUCCUGGUGGGAGAACAGCUCCACGUCAAGAUAUCUGACCUGGGCCUGUCCAGAGAGAUCUACACCUCAGACUACUACAGGGUCCAGCCCAAGGCUUUACUCCCUAUCCGCUGGAUGCCUCCAGAGUCCAUUGCCUAUGGGAAGUUCACGUCGGAGUCAGACAUCUGGGCGUUUGGUGUGGUGCUUUGGGAGAUCUUCAGCUACGGCCUGCAGCCCUACUACGGCUUCAGUAACCAGGAGGUCAUGGAGAUGGUGAGGAAACGUCAGCUGCUGCCCUGCCCAGAGGACUGCCCCCCCAGGGUUUUCGGCCUGAUGACAGAGUGCUGGCAGGAGGGCCCGACGAGAAGACCACGUUUCAAAGAUAUCCAUGGCCGCCUGAGGGCCUGGGAGGGGCUGUCAUCCCACGCUAGUUCUAGUACCCCAUCAGGAGGCGGGGGCAACGCCACAACUCAGACCACCUCGUUGAGCGCCAGUCCGGUCAGUAAUCUCAGCAACCCGCGCUAUGCCGCCGCUGCAGGUUACCUCUACCCGGCCCAGGGGAUGCCUGCGCAAGGUCAUCCAGGCCACCAGAUGGCAGGCUGGACCCCUAUGACCCAUGGAGCGCCCAUGGCCCAGAACCAGCACCAACGCUUCAUCCCUGUCAACGGGUACCCCAUCCCCCCAGGCUACGCUGCCUUCCCUGCGGCCCACUUUCAGGCCCAGGGCCCCCCCAGGGUGGUGCAGCACCUCCCCCCGCCCAAGAGCAGAUCUCCCAGCAGCGCUAGCGGCUCCACCAGCACCGGUCACGUGACAAGCGUGCCCUCCACGGGGUCCAAUCAGGAUGCGAACACGCCUCUGCUGUCACACUGUGUGGCAAUAUCCGCCCUGCCAGGGGGCGGGACCAUGCAGGUGUAUGGACACAUGUCCCAGAAGGCUUUGCAACAGAUGGACCCCUCACAGACGUCCGCACUGCUGGCCGACGCCAACAGACUCAUGUAUAGUGAAUCGGUCAUCACUGCAGACCUGUAAAUACACUGCAGACCUGUACUGUAUAUCACCUGGUUGAUUUGAUGGUUUUUGUUUCGUUUUUUUUGUAAGAAAGUUAUUAUAAUAAUUGUUUCAACUUUCUACUUUUACUUGUAAAUACAUGCACGUAAAUCCUGAAUGAACGAGAUGCAAAGAUUUAUAUUCAAAAGAACUAAAAAAAAACUAAAAAGAGACAUCAAGUGUGUCCUGCCCCCUACUCUGAAACUCAAACUGCCUUGAUAGACUUUUUUUUAGUGAUGCUACUCCGUGUGCCUGCCUGGACACCGGGAUUUCUAAGCUCAGAGUAGGUCAACAAUAACACACCUGUCAAUAUAAUGACUCUAUCACUCGGACGUCAUUGUGAAUAAAACCUCCCAUUGACGUCAAUAAAUCUUCCAAGACUCCCGUUGACGUCAGAAUGAUUUCGGCGGAAGUCCGAGCUGCACAGAGCCCUUCUGGUAGCUUACAAUAUGUACUGAAGCAGGGUGUGUUGUUGCUUGGACUGGAGGGGCCCUGUACUGAAGCAGCGGGAGUCCCCGGUUGUGGCGUCAGUAGGGCUUUAUAUUCAGUUGAGCCUGUGUCAGCACAUCUGCCUGGCUGGCAUCCCUACAGUGCACCUCUCUCCUCCAGGAGGCUAAGCCCCCCUCUAGGGAUAUGUGAACUUCAAAGACUUCUGAUUUGACUUCAAAGCGGCCUGUGGAGAAGGGACGAGGCCCUACCUACGCAACGCUAUGCAAUGACAUAGCACUCAUACCCUCUGCUUCAGUCUCCACAGCUAUGUGCCUCCACAGAUGUGUGCCUCUACAGCUAUGUGCCUCCACAGAUGUGUGCCUCUACAGCUAUGUGCCUCCACAGAUGUGCGCCUCUACAGCUAUGUGCCUCCACAGAUGUGGGCCUCUACAGCUCUGUGCGUCCACUAGACUCUCUCUCGUUCUCAAUACAGGGUUCUGUCAACUCGUAUGCAAUGAUAUACUGUAGCUACUAGGAACAAAUCAGAACAGUGUUUAAACCAGCCGAACUUCUCUCUCCAGUCUGUGUCCAUGUCUGUCCUCCUCUUUCUUAUCAUCUCAUAUCUGGUACAUUCAGCUAUGCAAUAUGGCUCUUACAUUGGCUAUGCAGACUUUGAUGGAUAAUCGUAUUGUCUUUUGAUGAUAUAUAGAAGUGGGACUAACAAACGUAUGCCGAUCAUUACAACUUCUUUGUCAAAACGAUCCACGAUAUAAAAAAGUAUGUUCUACUAUAGACUGAAUGAAUGAUAUAAGGCUUUUGAUAAAAUACAGGGGGGGUGAAUGAGAAAUCCUUCCACAUUUUAGCACACAGCUCACAGAAGCAGCUACAAUACAGUAUAUUUCACCUCAGUUGAAUGUGUUUGUUGCUAUGCAACUGUUUAGUUAAAAAGACGCACACCCUUUGCCCGUACAGAAAGAGGACAAUCGUCGGUUUACCCUUGGUAGCACUUGCCUUCCAUGUUAACUUUGGUAUAAUACACAACUCUGUAAUGUUAAGAGCAUCCUUAUCUUUUAUCAAGGUACAAAGUCUACUAUCCUGACAUUUUCUGUGAUGUGUCAAUUAGUCCGAUACUGUCGAGAGGUACAAACCUGCUCUUUAGAUGAAGGUUUUGGUUUGUUUAAAUUCCACAUAUCUUAUAUUUUUUUUCUAAAAACAGGUUUUUACCUUCCUAGGUAUCUGGAGUUUUAUACAGGUAUCUUUUGAUAAAUGUAUAUGAAUUUAAGUGCAUAUAUACCAGUUCAAAACCACUUAAACACAAGACUGUGAAUCUUGGGACUGGCUAUUUUGUGUAGUUAAAAAAAAAAAAUGUUAGAUCAGUUUCUUUUCAUAAAACAGUCUAAGAUAGUCUUUUCAUAAAACUUGUUUAGAUUGCAGUAUUACAGUGUAUUCAUAAGAAAGGUUUACAUGCAGAAUAUUCUAUUGACCAAGAGGCCUUGUCUUUGUAUUUGUCAGAAGAUAUUUGCACAGAAGUUUUGUAUGGCAAAAUAUUAUUAAAUAAUUCAAUGUUUUUGUCAUA